GACGUCCGUCCCCUUCGAGGCAUGCCCACGAACGAACGAACAAUGCUUCCGACUUUCCGGGCUUCCUAAAACCAUGAACCUCCUCAACUUCCUACUGUCCCUCGUCGGCCUCUCGCUCAUCCUGGUCGACCCGGCCCUCGGCGCGAAAUCCACGGCCACGUCCUUCUGCAAAUGCAUCUGCUUCAACAACAGCACGAUCAUCGCCCUGAACCCGCCGCCUUCCUCCACGAGCGCCGCAGCGGUGCACAACCUGGCCGCUCGAUCCCCCCACGCACUGGCUGCCGAUUCCCCCGACGACGAGCCCGCAGCGCCCUCGCGUCCGCACCACAAACUCACCUGCGCAGACUGCACGCGGGCGUUCUGUCUCGACUAUAACCUGCCGAUCUGCAAGAACGCGCGGGACGAAGAUGUCUUCACCACCUGUUUCCAGCGGGACUCCCUGAAAGACGAAACCGUCGUCGUGAUCUUCAUCUUCGCCACCGCGGGCCUGCUGGCCUGGGCCGUGGUCAAGCCCUGGGUCGAUCGGCUGAGGGAGAAGAACACGUUUGCGCCGUUGCUGCAGCAUGACCGAGGCGGCCGGGAACGGUACGCCUCCGGCGCGAGGGGACAGAAUGCGCAGAGAACCUCGGGAGGAGGUGUCCUUGGCGCGGCCGGCUUCGGGGCCGACAGAACAGGAGGAGGAGGAGGAGGAGGAGGAGAAGAGGACGAAUUUGGAGGCGGGAGUGCGAGCAGCAGGAGCCGGAGCCGGAAUGGGAACGGAAAUGGAAAGGCAUCGCGGAGAGGGGGCCGAGUCGGCGGCGGACAGGCCUCUGUCCACCUCCCCUACGACGAGGACAUGCACGCAGACCAGGAUGCCAUGGACAUAGUCUCGGGCAUGCCGUCGGGGUCCGGCUCUCGUUCCUGACGUUCCAUGAGCAGCGUUUUGCAUUGUAAACAAACCCAAGCGGCGGCCUUGUUCUUCUUCCGUCGGUUCGUCCUGUCCAGCUUUCCCAACGUGCAGCCGCUCUCGCCGGUGCUAUGUAUCGCUGGAGACAUGAACGACCUUCCCUGGUCGUUCAUCACCAAUUCCCUCCGUCUGGUGUUUCCAUGCUCACCCGGCUCGGAGGAGAGCUACGUACCAUCCGGAAGCGCGCUCAAGCAUCGCUUGACACCCGCAUCUCAACCGUCCUACUCAUCCGCGCCUGUACACUGACAAAUCAUUAUGUAUUGGAGGUUCUGUCUGUUUGGUCGCAUGGUUGCAUACCGACGCCUGCCAUCCACGGUUCCGUCCCAACAGUUGCGAGAUCUCACUGGAACUCCCUGAGCCAUUCCCGCAGGCCGACACGCAGCGUAGAAGAGUACUAGCCAUCGACUCAAAUUCAC